AUGCUUACGUUCGACGACGAGGUCAAAUAUAUCUGGCCAAACCCAUGGACACCCGUGAAGUUCAUCUACUUCUUCGUUCGAUACUUUGCGGUGGUACUGCAUAUCACUAUCCAGUUCCUGGGGACGCCACCCUUUACGUUCACUGAGCGCGAAUGCUACAUCUGGAACGUCUACCAGGCUCUCGCAUCGGCCUUGCUGAUUGCAUCGGUUGAUUACAUCCUGAUUCUUCGAAUUUUCGCGCUUUACCCGAGAACGCGAAUCGUUAGGAUUGCCGUGGCUUCACUCUACGCUGUUGAGGUGAUCACCAUAGCCAUUGGCUUCGGACUUUCGGUUCCCAACCUCGUUUACGACGAAUAUUGCACGGUCGUGGAUUCGCCCAUUACCUUUCUCGUCGCUGCGGCUGCACCCAUAGCAUUCCAAGCGGUCUUGUUUGGACUGACGAUCUGGAAGUUUUUGAAAGCGGUCAAGGCGGGGUGGGGCGAUGUCCCGCUUGUGAAGCUGUUAAUGAGGGAUGGGACGUGGGCCUUCUUCCUCCUUUUUGUGGUAUUCGUCGCAGAAGCCCUUUUGUACGCAUUUGCGCCGGAUGCCUAUACGAGUGUUCUAUACGGGUGGUUAAAUACUGCUUUUGCCUUCUGUGGCUACCGCAUCCUCAUCAACCUUAACUACACUGGACGUAACAGCCGACCAACCUCAGCGAAUUUCACCACAGGACCCAACAUCCAGUUUACGACCCACAUCUAUACCGGGCACGACAUUAUGGUGGAUCAAUCCUAUCCCAUGGCAGUCAUUACUCGGUCGGAUGAACGAAUGCAGUCCGAGACAGACUCUUCGAUACCACCCAGACCGGGAGGCUCGUCCAACAGGUCUUCACGACAUGAAUACCCAUAG